AUGAGCACACUCGCCCUCCCCAAAUCAGGACAGGGUGAGCAUCUCGGCGAUGGAGCUAGUGGCUUCGGUUUAGAGGAGGCCACCAUGGGGAAAGACAUCUUCGCCGGAGGCAAGGGGCUGCAAACGGGUACCGGAGAUAUCACCACCCGAAGUCGAUCGAACCUUGUGCUUACCUCUUUCUUCGGCGUCGAUGGUGGUUUCAGAGAGGCGAUCCAUGGUGCAGGCAGUGAACCCAUGGAAGAGCUCGCCGGCGGUGAGGAGAAGUACUUCUUGCUCGGAAAACAACUCGCCGGCGACCACCUCGGUAGUCGGGCCUGA